AUGGACUCGCAAAGUGUAGCCAACAUUCUAUCUCAGCUAACUUUGGCUGAGAAGGUUGCCCUACUUUCUGGUAUCGGUGCCUGCCACACCAACUCCAAUGAACGGCUGAAGAUUCCCAGCCUGCACACAUCCGAUGGCCCACACGGACUCCGAGGAGGUGGUGGUCGGUUCUUCAACCCGCCGCCGGGAUAUCAACUCCCCAGUGCAACCGCUAUGGGAGCUACAUUCGACACGGACCUCCUGUACCAAGUCGGAACGCUACUCGGCAACGAAGGCCGGCGAAAGAACAUCCAGGUCGCUUUGGCGCCUACAGUCUGCAUCCAGCGCUCGCCGCUCAUCGGCCGCGGGUUCGAAGCGUUUGGCGAGGAUCCAGUCUUGAGUGGCACAUUGGCCACGCAGUACAUUAAAGGUCUCCAAGAACGUGGAGUCGCAUCAUGUAUCAAACAUUAUGCGGCCCAUGAUCAAUCGACCCGGUCGAAGGAAGACGAUGUGCACAUGACGGAACGGACGCUGCGCGAGGUGCAUCUGCUCCCAUUCCAGAUUGCGAUGCGGGCCCGGCCUUGGGGGUUCAUGUCCGCGUAUCAGAAGAUCAACGGUCUACACGUUAGCGAAGACCCCUUACUGCUCCAGCAGAUCCUACGCAAGGAGUGGGGAUUCGAUGGGCUGGUUAUCAGCGACUGGUGGGGGACGUACAGUACUUCCGAAGCAAUCAACGCAGGGAUGGACCUUGAGAUGCCAGGACCAUCAAUUUGGCGCGGUAAGCAGCUUAUUGAGGCGGUCGAGUGUCGCAAGGUAUCCAUGGCUGCUGUCGAUACAUCGGUGGGCAAUCUGCUGAAGCUCAUUGAUCGCACGAAUCCUUCUCGCUCUAGGGCUGUGGACGAUGAGGGAGGGGAUACUCCGGAGAGUCGUGCGCUUACUCGCAAAGUGGCAGCCAACUCGAUCGUCCUGUUGAAGAACGCGCGGAAUGUCCUCCCACUGGCGCCGGCCAACAGCUCGACUACAACCUAUGGGCUGAUCGGCGAGCAUGUCAAGAAUCCAGCUACAGGCGGCGGUGGAAGCUCUGAAACUACUCCGUUUUAUGUCAGUCGGCCUUUUGACGCGUUUGCAGAGAUUUUGGGUGCUGAGAACAUUCACUACGAGCCCGGAUGCUAUACUCGUCGCUGGUCCCCGUUGAUCCAGGAGCGCCUGUAUCAGCCUGACUCGGAGGAGCCAGGACUGCUCUUGGAAUGGUUUGGCGUGGAUCCAUCCAUCUUCACCGAAGCGCCCUGUGUGUACUCGACAACAACAACGAAUACGUGCAUGUACUUCAGCCAGAUUACCUUCCCCAAUGUGCCGGAUCUGCACUAUAUCCGGGUCAGAACAACCUUUGUUGCACAGACCACUUGCAAGUACCGGUUUGGACUCGGGGUUUGUGGCAAGGGCAGGCUGUUUAUUGAUGGUAACGAGGCAGUCGACCUGUGGACGGAUCAUCCAGAGAAGACGGACGACACUCCGUGUUUCAACAAACUUUCGAUGGAACGAUUCGCUACGCUGGAUAUCGUCGAGGGUCAGCGCCAUGAGUUGCUCAUCCUCAUGACGAAUGAAAAGCCAGGCGACAAUGUCGGACCACCAGCUGCAGGAGGUGUCAGGCUUGGAGGGCAGAUCGUCCGCGACGAAAGCAAAGCCAUCGAGGACGCUGUCCAGCUUGCAAAGACCGUUGAUGUUCCGAUCCUAAUUACUGGCCUCAGCACCGACUACGAAUACGAGGCGUCCGACAGGACCAGCCUUCUGCUGCCUGAUCGGGAGAAUGAGAUGAUCCAGAGGGUUUGUGACGCGAAUCCAAACACAGUCGUGAUUAUCCAAGCAGGAAUGCCCAUUGAAAUGCCCUGGAUCGACAGUGUCAAUACGCUCAUCUAUGCCUGGUACGGCGGCCAAGAGACUGGCCACGCCAUGACCGAUGUCCUCUGGGGAGAUGUCAAUCCGUCAGGUCGACUUUCGCUGUCUUUUCCCCGGCGUAUCCAGGAUAACCCGGCCUUCUUGAAUUUCGGCAAAACCGACCGUGAAAUUGUUUAUGGUGAAGGUGUGUUUGUGGGUUACAAAUAUUACGAAAAAUUGGAGACACCACCGCUGUUUUACUUCGGAUACGGGCUGUCUUAUUCAAAGUUUGAAUACUCGAAUCUUGAGGUGCCAAAGGAGUUUCCGAAGCAUGGGCAUAUGGCCAUCUCAGUCGGGGUGACGAACGCUGGUGAGUAUGAUGGGGCUGUGGUGGUGCAGGUUUAUAUUUCGGAUCUGGAGUGCUCGGUGCAGCGACCGCGCAAGGAGCUAAAGGCAUUCAAAAAGGUGUGGGUGAGCAAGGGUGAGAACAUAAAGUGUGAUAUCACGCUGGACAAAUAUGCACUCUCAUUCUGGUCGGAAGAGCAUUCGCAGUGGAGAGCCGAGGCUGGCGAGUUCGCAGUCAUCGUGGCCGCCAGUGCCGAUCCGCAGGACGAGGUGUCGCGGGCGCAGUUCCGGCUGUUGGAGACAUCCAUGUGGUCGGGGGUGUAG